AUGGGUGUCAUCAGUCAAGGAGAACAGAUUGACUGUGGUGAGUUCCGUGACCCCAAGAUCUAUUGCACUCGGGAAUCUAACCCCCUCUGUGGCUCUGAUAGACAGACAUAUGGCAAUAAGUGUGCCUUCUGUAAGGCAGUGAUGAAAAGUGGUGGAAAGAUUACCCUGAUUCAUUAUGGAAAAUGCUGA